GUUACUGAGGUUGCACUUGUAUUUUACAACUGACGCUUAGAAGACGUGAAACUGGUGUUUCAACAGCUUUCCAAGUGAGCUGACAGCGGAGAGGGACCGUGAGACAACUGAACAGGCAGCUGUCAAGAAAGGAAAGGAGGGAAUAGGAGACUUUCCAGCAUUUGUUCACCCAAACCAACAAGAAGCUAUGGCAAGCACUGGUCUGCAGUUGAUCGGCUUUACUGGCGCGGUAACCGGUUGGGUGAUGGGCAUCGCGGCCACCGCCUUGCCCCAGUGGAAGGUAACAGCCUUCAUCGGCAACAACAUCCUGACAGCAGAGGUCACUUGGGAAGGGAUCUGGAUGAACUGUAUUUACCAGAGCACAGGACACAUGCAAUGCAAGACCUACGACUCCAUGCUCGCUCUCCCAGCCGACAUCCAAGCAGCCCGGGCCCUCAUGUGCUUUGCUGUCUUCCUGGGUAUGCUUUCCAUCCUGUUUACCUGCUGUGGUUUGAAGUGCACCACAUGCGCCCGGGAUGACCAGCACACCAAGACAAGCUUCGCCCUGACUGGGGGCAUCAUAUUCAUGAUCACCGGCCUCUUUAUCCUUAUCCCAGUCUCCUGGACUGCCCACUCCGUCAUCAGUGACUUCUACAACCCCCUGGUGCCCACUGCCCACAAGAAGGAGCUCGGACAAGCCAUCUAUCUGGGCUGGGCAGCCGCCGCCACCCUGAUCCUGGGAGGUGCCCUCCUCAGCAGCAACUGUCCUCAAAGUGAAUGGGACUACAGGAGGGGCUAUGGCAGAAACCUAUUGUCCAACAGAGCUCCUGCUCCCCCCAAGCCAGCUUCUGGGGGCAGCCUGCCCAUGAAGGAGUAUGUGUAAUGGGAGAACCUUCCAGUUGAACUCAGACAGGGAGUGAGAGGUGUACAGAAAACAUGCCUCCCUUAAUAUUCAUUCACAAUCAAAAUGAAUUUUUGAAUAUGCUUUAAAUUUGAGUUACAAAAGGAAAAACAAAUUGUAGCUAUCUAUUUCAAUUGUCAUUAAUACAUCGUUUUUUUGUUGAUACAACAAUUUAUAAAAAUACAAAAGAAUACCAAUAGCGCCUUUUUUAUUUUUUUUGCCACAGAACACAUUUCAGCGUUUGUACGAAUAUUCAAACAAAGGGGUGUAGCUUUAACUCUAACUUGCUAAAUUUAGUUGAAACUGUUUAAUACUCUGUGCUAUAACUUCGAGUUUCUCAUAAUUUUUCUGCACCUCUUUAUUGGCGGUCGUCUUUUGUAUCAUAUCUCUAAACUUGUGAAAAGGUUUGAGUUUUGUUCUAACAAUAUCUGCAUCUGCAAAAAAACAAAACAACAUGCUGCUAAUGCCCUUUUCAGUUUGUCUGUUGGUUUGUUAUUUGCAGUACUUGGUAGAAAUUAUUUCUUUUAAUAAGCUACGGUUUCAAGUAUUAUAACAAAGAAAAACUAUGACAAAACAGAUCAACUUAAAAAACCCAUGUAUUUUCUAAUGUCUUCACUGGUUUUCAAUUGAGUUUUUGUUGUUGAAACAGUCAUGUGCUUGACUUGACACUCUCCCCUGAGCCAUUUAGAAACCUACAACAAUAACAAUACAGCACCGAACGCUUCGAGGUGCGAGUACGCAGUGAGGUAAGAUGUAUGUGUCCAUACUUGUGCCUUUCUGAAUGUUCCUGCUCUAUCUUUCACUGCUGAAUCACUAACCUGAUUGUUUAGUGCUAGGGUUAUAAACCACUCAGAUGUGUGUGCUUUUGUGUUUGCUGUCCAGGAUAUCAUCUGCAUUAGAGAAUACAAAAUUAUAAC